AUGAUGGAUUCGGCCUCGGCUGUCCUCGAGUUCAAGGUAAACUACGAGCAAACCAAGAACCUCGCCGCCGGCGAGGCCGUCCACUCAGACGCCUUCCACGCCGGCGGGCACACGUGGAGGAUAAACUGCUACCGGCGUGGCAUAGAAGAGGCUAACGACGAUGGCAGCCAUCUCUCUAUCUUCGUCGAGCUCCUGAUGAGCAAAUCCAGAAGCGUCAACGCAAUCUUUGAGGCCUUCUUGAUGGACAAGGGCGGCGAACCAUCGUUGGGUAUUGCGAGAAGGAUAGGGGUUCAUGUGUUCCAAAUGGAGAAUGGAAAGCUUGGGUGGCCUCAGUUCGUAAGGCAAACCGAUCUGGUCAAAAUUUACGUGGAGGAGGGACAUAUCACAUUCGUGUGCGCCAUCAUGGUGUUACAUGGAAAUUCUAUCCCGACACCACGUUCUGACAUCGGAAAACAUCUAGGCAACUUGCUGGACAGCACAGAUGGGUCGGAUGUGUCGUUCGUCAUUGACGGCGAGACGUUCCAUGCUCACCGAGCGGUGCUUGCUGCCCGUUCGCCAGUUUUCAACGUGGAGCUCCUCGGUUCUAUGGCUGAGGCUACAAUGUCGUCGAUCACCCUACAUGACAUCGCCCCUGCAACAUUCAGGCUAAUGCUUCGGUUCAUGUACACAGAUGUCUUUCCUGGAGACGACGAACUUGGUGACUCCCCCUCUGAGAUUGUGCAGCAUCUACUGGCUGCAGCUGGCCUGUAUGCAUUGGACAGAUUGAAGCUUAUGUGUGCACAAAAGCUGUGGGACAAUGUGUCCGUUGAUACUGUUGCCGAUGCUUUAGCUUGUGCUGACAUGUACAACUGUCAAGAAUUAAAGAACAGGUGCCUUGGUUUUGUUGUGGAUGAGAAAAAUUUCAAGAAGGUCGUCUUAACCGAGGGUUUCAAGAACUUAUGGCUGAAGUUCCCAUCUACUGUAGCUGAAGUGCGAGACAAACUAAUUACAUGGCAUUCCAUUGUAAAUCAUUUUAGCAAUUUUUGA